UUAAAGCCUGGCUGAGGCCAGGCGGCCCACGCUGUGGUGGCUGUUACACGUGGAGGCAUGGAGGAGUGUGCUUGCAUCUGCAGCGUGGGCUCUUCGCGGGAAUGUCGAUGCCGUCAGCAGCGCCAAGGCCCAGCUGAGAUGGCAGCGGCCGAUGGCAAGCCGGCCCUGGCCCCUGCAGAAAAGCACGUCGAGGCGGAGGAGGCAGCGCGGUGCUGCGCGGGGAGUGGAGGAAUCGCGAGCCCCAUGCCGCCCCCGCCGCCCCCGCACUGCUCGCUGCAGGACCUGCCGGUGGAGAUGCUGGUGGAGAUCUUCGCCUCGCUCCCCGGCACCGAUCUGCCCAGCCUGGCCCAGGCCUGCACCAAAUUCCACCACAUCCUGCACAUCGACAGCAUCUGGAGACGGCGCUGCCGCGAGGAGUUUGGCGUCUGUGAAAACUUGCAGAACCUGGAGACGAUCGGUAUGUCUUAUCGAGAGGUCUAUGCGAAGCUGCUCCACCCGUACAGACGCAUUUUGGGAUUGUGGCAGCUAGAUGAUGACUAUAGAAGACUGCUGAAUGUCGCGGUGGACGGCUUAGGCAUUACUGGCUGGACAUGCGGACCUUACCUUAACUUCCAUGGGGAUGGCACACUGAAAUUCAAGCCCUCGUUCAGAAUCCGCCUGACGGAGCGGCAAUCAGCCGCGGUGGAGUGCCUGGAAGGCCAGCACCUCAGGCCCCACCACCGCCACCUGCAGAUUCGGAAGGACAGGUUCACCACCCGGUGCAAGAGGACAGACCACCGAGGGGAUUCACCAACGCGGCUGAGGGGGGAAGGGGGGCGGGGGCUGGUGCAGGACAGACAGCUGUGUAACUGCCAGAGCUACCGCCGCCUCUACCUCCCGCCACACCACCCGGUCGACCUCAUCAGGCCCGGCCUCUUCCAAGGCAAAUACAGCCUCAUAAUUGUCAUGCUCAGCUUCCAUGGGAAGUAUGCCAGGGUCACGAGAGUCACGGGAAGAGCCAAGGCGUUAGAGAUCCACCUCAGGCGCCGCAUCCAGCUGCGAGAUGGCGAGAUCUUCCGCAACUUCAACGAGCUCUCCCGCGUGGUCCAGGAGAUUGAUGAGCAGGUGUUCCGGGAGCAGCAGCAGCUGCAAGAAGACGGGACUGAGGAAAGCGAGGGCCAUGGCUGGCAGAGCCCUGCCCAGCCCAGCGGCGGGGAGUCCGGGGCUGCAGCUUGGGAGGAGCAGCCUGUCCCGUUUGUUCUGCCUGUGGGCUUGUGCUCAAGAGACCAGAACCACCCCCGGACCUGCAGGAUGUGUUUCUAUGGCGUGGACACUGUUACUGGUACCUUAGAUGGCUUCGCCCACCGCUGGCGCUACCCUGGGGUCUUCAUCCUGUUCGAUGAGAACCACUUCGGGUUCAUCUGCCUGGAGGCGAAACAGUUCUUCCUGUUCGGCAGGGUCCAGAACGCCUUCCAGACUGUGGAGGCACCAUCCCCGCAGGCCUUCCUGGAGAUGCUCCAGAACAUUCAGUCCGGACCCCCUGGGAGGAGCAGCUUGCAUGCACUUUGAAGAUUUGACCUUCUGACCAGGUUACCCACCUUUGUUUGUUUUUUUAAUCCUCACCCAAGGAUAUUUUCCCAUUGAUGUUUAGAGAGAGUGGGGGAGAAAGGGAAAGACAGAAAUAAUCGAUGUGAGAGAAACACAUCAGUUGGUGGCCUCCUGCCCAAGCCCGGACCAAGGCCAGGCUGGGUAGGAGCCAGCAAUUGAGGUAGAAAUAAACCUUAGACCAGUGGUCUCAACCUUCCUAAUGCUGCGACCCUUUAAUACAGUUCCUCAUGUUGUGGCAACCCCCAAUUUCAUUGUUACCAAUUGAACAUAAUUAAAGCAUAGUGAUUAAUCACAAAAACAAUAUGUAAUUAGAUAUGUGUUUUCCGAUGGUCUUAGGCGACCCCUGUGAAAGGGUCGUUCAACCCACAGGUUGAGAACUGCUACCUUAGACCUUUCCAUCCACAGGUCCAGGCUCUAUCCAUUGAGCCAAACCAGCUAGGGCUGAGUAUGUCUUUUUAAAAAGAAAGAAAGAAAAAGGAAAGAUCCUAAAAUUAGAUAGUGGUAAUUGUUAGAUUGUACAACUCUGAAUAUAAUAAAAACCACUGAAUUGUACAUUUUAUUUUAUUUUUU